AUGCAGGAGCAUUUUCAGUGGCGAGUCACCGAACCUCACGGGAGCCGCCAACCACCUGAGGCCGUGGCUCUCACCAUGAGCCGGCUGGAGCGAGAGCUCGACGCAGCUGUGCAAGCAGAGGAUUACGUCGCUGCCGCUGGGCUCAGGGAUAGGCUCAGGCGCCUUCAGUCAGACAACGAGGCGGCAGUGAUUGCAGCCAACGCUCUCUUCUACCGGGCCUUCGGUGCCGCUGACCUCAGGCUCAUGCGCCGCGUGUGGGCGAGAGGGGAGCAUGUGCAGUGCAUACACCCUGGAGCAAACACGAUCUCUGGAUACGAUAUGGUGCUCAACAGCUGGGAGCUUAUAUUUGAUGGGAUGAACCGCCAGCUCAGCAUCACACUGGAGGACGUGGCGUGCCAUGUGCGCGGCAGCAUGGCAGUGGUGACCUGUGUUGAGGUUAUCAAGUCAGCAGGCUCCGCUGGCAGAGUGGUGGCAACAAACGUGUUCGAAAAGAUAGGCAGUCAGUGGCUCAUGUGCUGCCACCAGGGGAGUCCAGCCCCACCAACAGGCAGGAAGAUGGGGUUUUAA